AUGGCAUUCCUAUUCCAUUCUUCCACUCCGUCAUACGCUUCCGAACAGCUAUCAUCGCACCUAUCUUCGUUAUCGACAUCACCCAUAUCGACACCUCCUUCCCAGCCCAUAGUAGCGAGCAGCAGUACGAGCACAAACGAUAUCAAAGCCAAACCAGCUCAUAAACUACAAAAUGCUCUACAUGAACUAUCAUCCUCCAGAUCAAUAUCAAAAGAAAAGCUGGUCGAAGUACUGGAAUCGUUAGUGAAGACUGAACAAAACGGAAUAACGAUAGAAGAGAAAUCUGAAAUUGAUCAAGAAGUAGAAGCUGAAGUUUUAGGUAGAGCGGUGACUAUAGUGUGGAAAGAAAUAUUACAAACUUUAGUUGAAAAAGCUCUUGAAUUAGAAGAAGAAAGGAAUUGGUGGGAUGCAAGUCUGAAUUCUACUAGAGGUGUUGGCGUUUACCUCUUACAAACAAUGCCACAUCGUAUAUACGCAGCUUUACCACCUCGGUCAAAAUUCCUUAGACCCGAAUUGAAAGCGUUCAAAUUACCAAGAGAAGCUUUAUUCAAGCCGAUCCGAACACGAACAUCCGCAACGUUGAUAUCAAUAACGUCACCAUUCAACUUGACUAGAAGAGAAAUGUUAUCAUCAAGAAGUGAAUUAAGUCGUACUCGUGAUGAAAUCGCACAGAAAAUCGGUAUAUUAGCUUCAAAAGGACCCAAUUGGUCUUCAGAUUCAACGUCCACAAACGAAAAUUCGUCAACAGCGUCCUCGUCACCUUCAUCGACCAACGGUGUAUUUGACGCCAAGAGUGAAACUGAAAGAAUAUUCAAAGUACUUUAUAAUGUCCUAGAACUCGAAUCAGUUCAACCUCAAUUACAACAAGCUACUCCAGUGAGAUCAUCCUCAUCAAGGAAAAGUAAAAGAACACCUUCACCACCCACAACUAUAUCGAUAACAACAACACCUUCUUCCUUGAUUGACAUAUUGAGAAAGCAUUUACCUAAAACGACAGAAUCAAUUGAUAAGGUUCUAACUACACAUAAACGACCAUCCGCAUUAACCAGAUUGUGGUUCCCGGCAUUAUUCCUUCCUCCAACUUUAUACUUCAUAGCCUCUGCGAUCUCUCGAAACAAGGAAUGGAUGAGAGAACAAGUUAAAAAUGGAAAAGAGACUAUCAAAGGUUUUUUCGUUCAAUGGGUUUGGGAACCGAUAGAAGAUAUAGCAAAAACUCUUAGAGGUGGAGGCGAAGGUUUAGGUGUAGCUCCCACUACUGUGAAAAGUGAUCAAGAGUCGCUCGAACGAAUGGUUCUAGAUCUAGGAAGAGAUUAUUACCAUUUAUCCGGACCUCAGUUGGAUGCUCUGGGAGAAAAAGUGAGAGCUGGUGAUAUGGAAGAGGUUUUAAGGGUCUACGAGAAGGAAAUGCAGAGCCCAGUCAAGAACGCUCUUUUGGGAAGUUUAGUCCGAACUCUAUUGAUCCAAGUACAAAAGACCAAGACCGACCUAUCACUUUCUCUAUUAUCGCUUGAUCACUUACUCCGAUCUCAACAACUCACCUUUGCUGCUGUUGGUCUCGCACCGAGUCUGCUAGUCCUUUAUGGCCUUGGAGGAUGGUUGCAGGGUGUUUGGAGAGGCGAGAAGAGAGGCAAAGGAAGGAAAAGAACGUACUUCAAUGGCCUAAGAUCAAUCGAAAGAUUACUCAUCACAUCGCCUAAACAUGCUCAAGAAUUGUCAGAGAAAGACAGAGGUUUAUUGAUUGUCUCAGUCAGUGGCAUGCGUACUUGGGCGACUGGAUUAUCAGGUAAUUCAAGAGAAUCAUUCAUGGACGAUUUAAGGAUGGUUGAAGAUCCAAUUUUAGGUAGAGGUGAUAAACUAAGAGUCAUAGAAAGAAUCUGGAGAUGUUGGGGUGUAGAAGGUACUAGGAAGAUUUAG